GUGUCAAUACAACCGAGUCGAUUGGCCGAUUCAACAUGGACUUGAGACUUGAGAAGAAGAGCGUCUCGUGAAUAUCAAUAGAUAUCAGAGAGAGAAAAAUGAAUCUUCCAUCCUUGCGAGAAAAAUUGACGCGAGACGAGACACUUGUCGACCCGCGUAGCAUCCAGUAGCGGCAGUAGUGCAGUACAGUGCAGUAUCAUGCAGUAGCACCAAGUAAAAUGGCCGACCAGAGGAUCAUCGAACAAGCGACUGUCGACUGAAGUGACGCAAUUAGAAGAGAUCGUUUUGUUCGACUUGUUUGUCACUUUGAUGCUGUGAGAGAUCUUGGCAAGCGUAACACGAUUUACACGAUACUACGAACGACUACAGGACAGUAUAGGAACGACGAUCUCGAAGAAAUUGAGAAAGGAUUCUCAGAUAACCUGUCUUUUCGCACGUCGAUCUCAUCCGCCGGUAUCGAGGUGUGAAUCGAGAAUGGCGGCUCCCGAAGCGAUCCAGGUUAGCUCCCUACCGCUGCCGCCCGUUCAAUAUAUCAAUCUCUACACAGAUGAAAAUGUACGGCGUGGACGAGCCCCGCGACCGCCGCCGCCAAUCCAUGACACCUAUUCCAUGUUCAGCAACAUGUUCAACGCCGAUGACACCAUCAUUAGGCCGCUCGAGGCCCAGGGCAUCAAGAGGUUGUACCCACAACACUUUGAUCGUCGGCGCGAGUUGAAGAAACUCAAUCAUUCAUUGCUCGUCAAUUUCCUCGAUCUGAUAGACCUUCUUGUUCAGUGUCCCGACAGUCCAAGACGCGCUGAGAAAGUCGAGGAUCUCAGUCUAUUAUUCAUUCACAUUCAUCAUUUGCUAAAUGAAUUUCGACCGCAUCAAGCCAGGGAAACAUUGCGAGUUAUGAUGGAACUACAGCGUAGACAACGUCAUGAAACAGCGCUGCGUUUCCAGAAACACCUCGAAAAGGUUCAAGAAAUAUUGCAGCAUGCCUUACAGAUGCUUCCCGAUACAUCAGAAUUGGACUCCAAGCUUGCGAUAAACACAGACGCUAUGGAAUCCGUAGACAAUUUAGGCUUCGAACAACAAACGCAAGAUCCUUGUAGUUCAAGUGAUCGUAUUAUGUGCAAAGUGAUAGACGAUAUGCUUUCUUCGAAUGGACUAUUUUGAAGUAUCGCUCUUUAUUCUCCAAUGUGAAAAUUCUAUCAAGGAAUAUUCUGAAAUAAUUGUACAUAAUAUACAACAGUAGUGUAACGAUGUGCUUUUGAAAAUGUUAUUAAUUAUUUAAUAAAAGACAAUAUUUAAAAAAAUAUGUUCUUUAGGUAAAGGACUGCUGGUAAUGUAAUGUCUAAAACAUAUUUUAUAUAUUGUGCUUAUAUAUUCAUCUACAAAAACUACUCUCUAAAUAGAAAGAUUUUAAUU